AUGGACUUCAUGGUUCCAACCGGGAUCCGCCUAGAUUUACCCCAUAUAUCGAUCAUUUUGCCGGAUGAAGACCGGAUUCAGCUUAGCGGGAGGCGACAGCUUUAUAGCGAUAAAGCGAAGAUCGUAAACGUCGGCCAAUACCAUCGGAUUCAAGCGGGGGAGUCGGUGGAACUCGCAUUGCGCCUGAGGUCGUCGAUCCACGACAAGCUAUCACUAGGUGCCGACAAUAUCCGGUGUGACGAAAUAUAUCUCGAUCGCCAACAUCGGAGACGAGAUGUUGAUCCUACAACAAGACCAACGGAUCGGGAUCUGGCUGACCAGAGACCAUGUGCCACAUAUACCGGGUUUUAUUUCGAUCGGCUCUCGUCGUUACAUGGAGUGGCUGAAUCUAGCUUUGGAGGAACGCCGGACACCCGAUCCGAAGAAAUGGAGGUCAAGAUCCCGCUGUUGCCCACGGUGGAGCGGCCUCAGUACGAAACUCCGCGCGCAAUACUCCAAAGGCCGAAGACAACGUUGAUCCAGUGUCGGAAGGUCGAGGCGAGUCAGGAUCAAGGUAUUUCUGACUGCCUACCCUCCGACGAGUCGCCGUCGGACAAGUCGCCGUCGGAAAAUCGACCGUUGGAUCUAGCGUCUGUCGCAUGUGAGGAGUCGGAUCUGUCGUCUAUCGCAGACGAAGACUCUAUAUCGCAUGCCGUAACGGUCAAGGAGGCGCUAGAAGAUCUCGAUCAAAUGACGUCAGACGUGUGGGCGACUAAUCUCUCGUUGGAGGAAACUACAGACGUAGUGGAUAUGCGAGAAGAGGAUGACCGUGAUGAAAUUGGGGUUGUCAGUCAGGAUCAACUACAUUCGAGAGGUCAAGAUCAAGGAACAUCACCGUCGAAAUGCGGCGGACCGGAUCUUCCAUCAAUGAUGAGUGUACAAUCUGGGACGGGACAUGUGACCGGUGAUCCGUUGAACGACAAGUGCGCCGCAUCUAUGUCGCAAAAAAGGGACAUGGAUCCAUCACCUGCUGUUGAAGAUCAACCAGGCACAUCGGAUCUGGACCUCACCUGGGACGCAGGUCAAGAUUAUGAUGAAUGUGCAUACUACCAUGAAGGAAACGAUCUAUACGCAGAAGACGUCGAUGGUCAGAUGGCGGUACUGCCGGAAGUGCCUGUGACGACGGAAGAUGUGAAGAUCGAGGACAUUCAGCUAUGUGGAUCUGAUAAUCAGACCCCAGAAGAAAUUGAUCGACUCCGCCAAAGGAUCUGGAAGUUACGACAUCUCCUGAUAGGCAAAGGAAAUGCCCUUCCGCCGGCGGCUAGAGGUGUGGUGUGGGACAUCGACGUCGGAGGAGCCAGGCCUUUCGCCCUGAAGUGUAGUAAGUUGCGGAUCCAGUUCAGGGAGAAGCUGGCAGACUUGAUCAAGGGUCUACUGUCCACUAAGAUGAUCAACUACUCUAGAUCACCAUGGGCUUCCCCGAUCGUGGUGAUCAUCAAGAAAAAUGGAGUGGAUAUCAUGUUGUGUAUCAAUUAUCGCCUGUUUAACUCAGCUAAUGGUCUACCCAAUGCCCUAGGUCAACGACCUACUCGAAGAUCUGGAGUCGACACUUUGGUACUAUUCUUUGGAUAUGGCGAGCGGAUUUUGGGUGGUGAAAAUGACGGAUCGUGCUCGUUUGAUCUCGGCUUUCAGAUCUCGACUUUUAUCACCUCCUUUGGGUUAUUCGAGUGGAAUCGAAUGCCAUUGGCUUGA